ACGUGCAGAUCACACGAAAUCGUUUUUUGUAGUGUAAACAAACAUGUCUUGUUUUUUUAAGAUCAAAUUUUGAUGAAGACUUUCAAUUUCGCAAUAAACUAUUCCGUAUGUGAUCGUUGCCUAAAAGAAGAACACAUACAGAAUGAGCGAAACUCAAAAUCUUGCACACCCAUGUUCAGUUGAGGAUGUACAUAAUAGCUGUGGAUCAACAGAAGAUCUAUACGAUGCAGCAGAAGGCGAGAGUCCAUACACAGGAACUGUCAAAGGUCUUACCAUAACAACAUGUGCCAUGUUUAUUAUUGCAGAAAUGGCUGGAAGUGGUAUUUUAGCCUUACCAAAAGCUAUAAGUGAGGCAGGUUGGACAGGGGUGGGACUUCUUGUUGUUUGUUGCUUCAUAUCUUUGUAUUGUGGAAUUAUACUGGGGAAAUGUUGGACCAUAGUUAGAAAUAGUAACACAGAUUACCAUGGCCAUGUCAGAGAUCCGUACCCUUUGAUUGGUUUAGCAGCUAGUGGUAAAGCAGGAAAAUACAUUGUAGAGUUUUGUGUGUUGGUGACUUUGUUUGGUGUAUGUGUAGUUUUCUUGUUACUGGCAUCUGAACAGAUAGCUUCAUUAGUUCAUACAAGUUUUGGUGCUUUAAGUCAAAAAAGCGAGUUUCGUAUUUGGAUUUUGAUCUGUGGUGCAGUUUUGUUACCAUUUACAUGGUUAGCUACCCCAAAGGAGAUGUGGCAAUUUGCUGUGGGAGCAGGAUUAUGCACAAUGGUAGCAUGUUUGUUCAUAAUUGUGCGAACUGGAAUGUACAUGAAAGAAUAUAGCACUAAGCCUAUUUCACAAGAUACACCUGUUUCAGUGGAAUCAUUCUUUUUAGCGUUCGGUACAAUUGCUUUUUCUUUUGGUGGUGCAACAUUAUUUCCAACAUUUCAAACUGACAUGCGUCAUCCAAGACAAUUUCCAGUUGCUGCAACUUUAGCGUUUAUUGGUGUCUUAAUUAUGUAUCUUCCAGUCUCUGCUUUACCUUUUUUGGCUUUUGGAACAAAUUUAGAGGACAAUAUUUUAGAAACCUUGAAAAAAGCUAAUGGGGAUGGAAAAGCCUUUGUUACUGCUGCAGAAACGUUAAUAACAUUUCACCUCUUAUUUACAUUUGUCAUUACCAUAAACCCAAUUGGCCAACAAAUUGAAGAAUACAUGAAAUUACCACAUGAAUUUGGUUGGAAAAGAAUUACCCUACGAACCACCCUAGUUUUGGUCAUCCUCGGCAUUGCAGAAGCCAUCCCAAAUUUUGGUCCUAUUCUAGCGUUGAUUGGAGGAUCUACAGUGACAAUGAUGGCGUUUAUUCUACCCUGUUGGUUUUACUUGAAACUGAAAGAUCACGUCCCGUUCUUUGUAAAAGUUCUUCACGUGGAGAUCAUGCUCAUUGCUGUUGUGUGUGGUGGUGCUGCCACGUAUUCUGCAUGCUCACAUUUUAAAAACCCAUUCAAAACUUCGUAAGGCUUGUGCAAGCACUUUAGAUGAUCUCCAUGACAUUACGAUUUUUAAUGACCGUAGAGUGACGUGUUUUUUAUAAGCAACAGAUGCUAAAACUGAGAUUUGGGUUGAAUCCUAAACACGUAGGACAACCAGCCAACUGUAAAUAAGCAAAUAAAAGUUAGGUUAACAUCUAAUCUAAUAGUCUAACGAGAAACGUACAAAACAGCUUUCUAAAAGAAUUAUUUUUUAUUUAACAAAUGCUAAAUAUUUGUAUGGUAUACCUUGAUAGCCCUUAGUACGCUGCUCCAGCCCUAUUACGUCGCUUUGUUUUACAUCGACUUAUAUGAACCGGCAUUUUGGAAAACAUUGGUUUGCAAAACCGCCCUGUUCGCGAAAAAAACAGUCCUUAUCAGCGUUUGUCGUAAAGCUGGAACAAACCAUAUCAACCAAAUCUAAAAUAAAGGUAUUUUUUAUUCUGUUUUGUGUUAAAGUUUUUAAAACUAAUUUACUAUUGAUUUAGUUUUUUACUACUUCUAAUUUUUUUGUAAUCGUUUAUAGAUAUUAUUGUUAAUAUUUUUUUAAAUGAAAUAAAUAAUUAAUAGUUAAUUACUCCUUUAAGGGAUAUUAUUUUAAAUGUA